CGUGAGCGGCGAAAGCCGGGAGGGCGAGCGAGAGAGUGAGCAGGCAGCAGGCAGCAGGCAGCAGGCGGGCGGGCAAGCAGCACGGAGGGAGGGAGGGAGCGAGCGAGCGAGCGAGCAGUGAGUGAGCCAGCGAGGGCGGCCGCAUCUGAGAGCAGUCGAGUUUCCUCCCGUCCUUCUGACCCCCUCCCCGGAGCCCACAGCGCCUCCGGUUUCCAGCGGAGCGGACACGGCCCGGCCCGGCCAUGGCCUCGUUGCUGAAGGUGGAUCAGGAAGUGAAGCUCAAGGUUGAUUCUUUCAGGGAGCGGAUCACAAGUGAGGCAGAAGACUUGGUGGCAAAUUUUUUCCCAAAGAAGUUGUUAGAACUUGAUAGUUUUUUGAAGGAACCAAUCCUAAACAUCCAUGACCUAACUCAGAUCCACUCAGAUAUGAAUCUACCUGUCCCUGACCCCAUUCUUCUCACCAAUAGCCAUGAUGGACUGGACGGUCCCACUUACAAGAAGCGAAGAUUGGAUGAGUGUGAAGAGGCCUUCCAAGGAACCAAGGUGUUUGUGAUGCCCAAUGGGAUGCUAAAAAGCAACCAGCAGCUGGUGGACAUUAUUGAGAAAGUGAAACCUGAGAUCCGGCUGCUGAUUGAGAAAUGCAACACGGUCAAAAUGUGGGUACAGCUCCUGAUUCCUAGGAUAGAAGAUGGGAACAACUUCGGGGUGUCCAUUCAGGAGGAGACAGUUGCUGAACUAAGGACUGUUGAGAGUGAAGCUGCAUCUUAUCUGGACCAGAUUUCUAGAUAUUAUAUUACAAGAGCCAAAUUGGUUUCUAAAAUAGCUAAAUAUCCCCAUGUGGAGGACUAUCGCCGCACUGUGACGGAGAUUGAUGAGAAAGAAUAUAUCAGCCUUCGUCUGAUCAUAUCAGAACUAAGGAACCAAUAUGUCACUCUACAUGACAUGAUCCUGAAAAAUAUCGAGAAGAUCAAACGGCCCCGGAGCAGCAAUGCAGAGACACUGUACUGAGGCCAGGGCCAGGGCCAGGGCCAGGGGACUCUGUGAGUCUGGCUCAAGACCGACAUUGCCUUGGUUUGUUACAUGACUAUCGUGAUGGGGAAACUGGCUGGAAAUAGUAAUCACACCUCUCUGUUUUUAGUUAGAGUCUAAUGAAACUCUCCUGUAGUUCUGUGACGUGUUUACCUCUUUUUUCAGGCCUCAGGAACUCUUGUAUUUCCUUCCCUAAUACCCCACACUCAACCUGACUUAAUUUCUGGAGAACUCCAGGUUUAUGUGUGCAGGAUGUUGGCACAAGAAUACUUGUGUUUUCUGUCCCCUCUCUACCCCCCGUCCCCCCAGUGUCUUGGGCUUUUCUUCCUUCUGAUGAUUAGUUGGUUAGAAGCUGAGGGAACUCGAAGGAAAGUGGUAGGUGUUUUUUUUAGAAUCCAGGUCAGGAGGGACCAGCUCCUCUCCCUUAUGUAGUGUCUCUUGCCACUGUGGUUGUUGGAUCCUCCCUGCCUUGACACAGUGUUCAGGAUGAUGACUUUGAGUUUCCCACCAAAAUACAUCCCACCUUGAACCUGAUCAUGACAAGAAACACCUAACUCCUUCAGAUGUUUUUAUAACUAGAAUUUUCACAUACACAUAUGUGCGUGAUAGACACACACUUACAAAUGAACAUACAUCUGCCUAUCUGCUCUGUUACCUGACAUCCUUCCAUCCUUCCCCAAACCCUGUCACACACACACUGUUCAGAAGAUGAUAGUUGUCUUAGUUGUCAUCUGCUGGAUCCCAUCUGAUAUUGUAGCCUCUUGGUGCUCAGGGGCUGGUGAGUUGGAGGAAAACCAAAAGGUGAGGAGCAGAGGGAUUGGGGAAGGUUCCUUUCUCUGUGACUCGGGUCCUUUUGGGCAUUAUUGCAAAGGCCAGUCCUCUGACUCCUGGUUCCUUCUUCCCAGGCCAGUUGUCAGUUGGGAUGGGAAUGUCUACAGCUGUGAGGGCCAGAUGCUGCUGCUUCUGCUGGGCUUUCCCCUUGGGAAAAAUAUUUCUCUUAUUUAUAGUAUUGUGCUUCCAGGGAAAGCAGUCACUUGUGUGUGUAUGUGUAUGUGCAUGCACACAUGCAUGUACAUAUUGUAUGUAUGUGGAAAUCUGGAGAAGUCAAAACCAUAGAAGAGUUGCCUCUUAUCUCUUGAAUCUUCCAGAGAUAUCCCCCACUUUUUUAUUCUCCCGCUACUAGGGAGUCAGUAUCUGCAGUCAGCCUGCUGGUGACUCUCAAUGUCUUUCUUAUUCUUCCCCCGUCUUGGUCUUCCAACCCCCAAUUAUAUCUCCACCUGGAUGCAUCAUUUUUACUCCCAGUAUGUUACAGAGAAGGAGUCAGGAUGCUGUCUUCCCAUGAAUAGUACUCAGUAACAAACCAAUUGCAUUUUAGUUGGGCAAUGCCCCUACCCACCCUCCAGAUCCCUUCCAGAUAAAACCCUUCCCUCCUCCCACCAUGCAUUUCUCAGUUUCCCUUUUUGUUGGAUUGUUCCACUGUCCCUCCUCCUACCCUACCACCCUUGGAUCGUAAUGUAAAAUUCUUUUACCAUGUCAAGAAAUUAUUAAAAAUACAGGUACUUUGACCUCUU